AGUAGUUGUCUGCUAGAUUUUAGUUCCGUUUCGUGAAAGUAAACUUGUAAAAGUAGGCUAAAUGUGUCAAAUUUUGUGUGUGUAAAUAGAACUAGAUAACAUUACGUCUGUAUGUUUAACUUGGAAUGUUUACGUGUAAGUUGCUAGUAUGAAAUUGUUUUAUUGGAAAAUUGUGUGAAUCCCCUUAUUGAAUUAACGGUGCUGGUUUUCAUCUUGGAGGCUACGCGCAAACGCACGAUAUUAUUCAAUAGGCAUUGAUCUUUGACCCGACAUGUAUAUAUCAUUGCAUUCGUAUGGCCCAAUUUAGGUUAUGUUAUGUGACAUACAAAAACUGUUCUUUAUCAAUUUAACAUAAAUAAUUGAUGCUACAGUUGUAUAAGCUUUUUUUGCUCUUGCCGGCAAGUGGAUUAUUAACAAAAGUUGAUUGCUAUAGCCAUUGCUAAAUCAAUCAUGUCUUACAACACACUAGAGUAUCUAACUCAAUAUCUGAAUCUCACUGAGUUAUUGGGGGCUUCGAUAGAUAUCUACUAUUCCUCUUGGCUUUCAUGGCUUUUCACACCUUUAAUUGUGGUGUCUCUUCUGCCUGGUAUUAUUAUUAUCAUGCUUUACAUCACUUCUUCCCUUUUGUACAUCUAUAAAUUGCAUAGGCGUAGACUUUUAGAUGCAUAUGAUAAAGACAUAUGGGAUGCAGGAAGAAAAGUUGUUUCAGCUAUAUGGGAUGCAUUAGGCUGGAUUUGGCAUGGAUAUGAGAUUCAUGGGAUUGAAAACAUUCCUGCUGGUGGUGCUCUUCUAGUAUAUUAUCAUGGAGCAGUUCCUAUUGACUUUUACUACAUUUGCAGUCACAUAUUGUUGUAUGAAGGAAGGUUGAUAAAUCCUGUUGGUGAUAGGUUUCUCUUCAAAAUUCCAGGUUGGGGAAGUCUUUUAGAAGCAUUUGGUGUAAUUCCUGGUACUGUGCAGAGCUGUGCCUCUUUGCUACGGAAAGGCAACCUCUUGGCUAUUGCCCCGGGAGGAGUUUAUGAGGCUCAGUUGGGUGAUCAUAACUAUGAACUUCUUUGGAGGCAACGUCUAGGUUUUGCGAAAGUAGCAAUUGAAGCAAAAGUGCCCAUCAUUCCAAUCUUCACACGAAAUAUUCGAGAAGCUUUCCGUUCAUUCAAUAUUUGUCAGUCCUUCUGGCAUUGGUUGUAUCAAAAAACGCAUUUGCCUCUAGUUCCCAUAUACGGAGGAUUUCCAGUGAAGUUGACUACGUUUAUAGGACGUGCCAUUCCAUACGAUGAAUCACACACACCCGAGUCGUUAGUGAAACUGGUAACUCAAAAUAUGAAAGAGAUGAUUGCAAAUCAUCAACCCAAACCAGGAAACAUUCUCAGAGCAAUCACAGAAAGAUUUACUCUUCGUAAGAAUAAUUGAUCGCUUCAAAUGGACAAUUAUUAUAUACCGUAAUACCUAUUUAUUAAUAUAUUGGACCUCUUCCUUUUAAUAAUAGAAAAUGUAGAAAACCUCUUACAAAUUCUUAAGAACUAUACAGAGGAGCACGAAACAAACUUAAUAAUUUGCUUACAGCUUGUUAGCUUGUGGAACACCCUUAAAUUUGUUCGUUAUAAUUCGAACGAUUUUAUGGGCUUCUUCAUAAUGAGGUUCCGUUGCCUUCCGCACACGUUCCCUGUAUGCUCCUAAAAUGGGAAAAUAAAAUAAAUAUGUCAUUGAUUAGUUUCCAAACGAAUAAAAGCAUGAUCACGCAUCCGUUUUA